UUCAAUGCAAUGGUAGGCAUGCAUGAACUUCUGUACAAUGAAUUGCCUACAAAAUUACAACAAUAUUGCGUUUAAAGUGUGAUUGUUUGAUCGUGAAGUAAUAUAUUUCAUUUUGUGUGCAAUUUAAAGAUUGUAGGGUGCAAAAUAAUUGGUUAAUUAACAUGUUUUCUUAGACCACUGACAUUGAUUCUAACCUUUUUGGCAAGUCAUGUAAAGUGAUUCAAAGAUUUUCUAUAUUGGUUCCCUCUAAAGCACCAAUGGACAUGACAUCGUUAGAGGUGGGCUGAAUAAAUCCAACACUUCUGUGAAUAUUAGGUCAUUAUGUUUUCCUUUAUAAAAAGUUUUUUGGCCAGACACAAAAAGAAGUUAUUUGUUCUUGGUAUGUUCGCUGGAGGUGCUGUUUUGGGUACAAGAUAUGCUCAGCGAAGAUUUAUCGAGUGGCAAGAGAAAGAGACUAAAGAAUUCUUGGAACGUACAAGAAAACAGCAUUAUUUUGAGAGUUCAGAGAAAACCUGUAAUCAAACGAUAAUUUUCUUGUCUUCUACUUUGAGAGAAAAUAUCGUAAACCAUGUAAACUGUGAAGCAGUUAUACAACAACUGCGAGAAGGACCAUCGAAUAAGUUAGAUUUGUGGCAAGAACUGAAAAUACUUGUGUUCACCAAAGUGUGUCUACUUGUUUACUCUGGUACUCUGUUGGUGAUCGCUCUUCGUAUCCAGCUGAAUGUUAUCGGUGGAUUCAUCUACUCCAAGUCAACAGCGCCUGGGAGUGAUCCUAAAUUUACAAGUGAUCUGCAAGAAAAAUAUCUGUCGCAGUGUCACUACUUUCUGGAGGAAGGUAUGAAGGAACUGUGUCCGUUGGUGAAAGAGAAAGUGAAUUGUGUGCUUCAAGAUAUAACUCUGAAGCAGAAUAUGACGCUACAACACAUUGAAAACAUGUUUUGGGCAAUUCAAUCUGCUGUCAAUGAUGACCCCCGAGGACCAUUGAAUCGCAUGCCGGAGUUACUGUACGGGAGUGGAUUCGAGCAAGGCGAUACGUUCAUCAAAGGCAUGAUGCUUGAUACAAUCGAGUUGCUUAACAGACCUGAAGUAAAAGAACUUGCAUCUUCUUGCAUCAGUAGAGGGUUUUCCCAUUUAGUUGAUAGAGUAUCUGAAUUUUUCUUGCCAGAUGAUAAGAAUCCCCUUUCUCAAGUUCCUAGCACAACCAAUACAACAAAUGGCCUGGUUAAAUUUGCUCACCCUAACAAUUUUUCUAGGCCUUUUGCAAAAAUCAUUCCCAUUAUUAAUGGUUACGGUAAUAGUAAUAGAACUGAUGGUUCAGAAUCGUGGGUAUCACCUUUCCUUUACAUGGAAGGUGUUAAAACAUUUGGGGCGAAUAUAUUUGAAUCGUACAGUUACUCCUCUCAAUAGUUCCCUUCAAACAGACGUUGAAAUGUAUCUUUAAAGUUGGAGGCUAAAAUAAAAUAGGCCUUAACACAUUAUAACAUUUUCUGAACUCGUGUUGGCACUGUACAAGUGUGACUAUAUUUUUUGCAUUUUAUGUUUGUAAAUAUCACAUGAAUAAUAAAUUCCUUCAAAAGGAAGUAAAUGAAAUAUUAAAAACCCAGAACUAAUGCCAAAUACUUAUUAUCAAUCGGUGAAAUUAGUUUAAUACGACAUGCAAUAUGAGUAUUAAAUGGAACCCGUAUAAUUAUUUCUCUUAUAACAGUAUACUGAACAUAAUAUGUUGGUAAUUUUUAGAUUUUACUUUAAUUUGUGGUCUUGGGUCUAUUUGUUGUAUAGUAUUUAUCACUUAUUAUUUGGUUUUAAAUGUAAAAAACCGUUAUGUUAGUGGAUAACACUGUUCACUAAUACAUUUCUAUUAAAAUUUACAUGUAUGAUUGUCAGUAUUAAGAUCCUAUACAAACAAAGGUUUUAAAGGUUUGAGGAUCAUUUUAGUAUUAGCAUUUUUACUAUAUAACUGGGAUUUGUAUAUUUGUAAAUCUGUUUUUACUGAUUUUUAAAGGUGAUGUUGUUUCAGUAAAAUUGGUAUAAUUGCAUUGUUUACUAGAUAUUUUAUUACCACCUUCAAAACAAGAUACAAUAAAAUAUAAAUAUAUUUUUUUAUCAUACCCCUUAUUUCUUUGAACCCCUUGGGGUUACGAAUGGAUUCAAUUAAUAAUACCCCCGCCGCAGCAAACCUGCAGACUAAGCAAAUUUCCAUUUGCCUGAUUUGAUUUUCAAUAAAUUCUAUUCAAACAACAUUAGGUUUAACGAGUACCUAGGUUUGCUGCCUACAGGGUAAUAAAGUGUGUUUUAUAGUAAAAUAUUAAUAGCUUAGUAUAAAAUAAAUAGAUUGGCCAAGUUUGAUCCAAAUAUAUGCAUAAACAAACUACAACAGUUUACUUAUUCUCCAUAAGAAUAAAAUGGGAUUUACAAAUGUCCGCUCAACAUUACAAUGUCUUUAUUUAUUGUUUACAUAUUGUUC